ACUAGCUGACUCAGCGUGAGGGGCGCAGCUUCGAGUAGCCUGGGGCGGGGCAGUGUAACCAGCCUGGGGUUAAUUGCUCUGUUUUUAACCACCCUCGCCAGUCUCCCGAGAGUCUUGGCUCCUCCCCUUCUAACUCUAAGCAGUUGAGAAUAGCCAGCCAGCUGCUGGAGGCACUUUGGUCGGUGCGGGUUAGUGGGGAGGAGGCGAGGCAGCUUAGUCCAUCAGCUGGGUUCGCUCUCCUGCAGGCAGGAUGACGGCCAUCGCGAUUCAGGCUCAGAAGCUACUGGCUCAGAGGAGGCCUCCCAAGUCCUUCUUUGAAUCUUGCAUCCGUACCCUGAUCAUUCUGUGUGUCGCCAUUGCUGUGGUCCUGUCUUCCGUCUCUAUAUGCGAUGGCCACUGGCUCCGAGUGAAGGAUCAACUCUUUGGCCUGUGGCACUUCUGCGCUUUGACCAAUAAUAGUGAGCUGAAUUGCUUCACAAACUUGCACCUUGCCCAGGUGGAUGGACUGGCAGUGGGUAUGGUCCUUGCCCGAAGUAUGGGAGCUCUGGCUGUGGUGGUAGCCAUCUUUGGUUUAGAGCUCCUGAUGGUCUCCCAGCUGUGUGAAGAUGCCCAUUCUCGACGGAAAUGGGCCAUGGGCUCCAUCUUCAUCCUAAUCUCUUUUGUCUUCUCUUCUUUGGGAUUCCUCAGCUUUGUGAUCCUCUUCAAGGACCAAGUCACCUUCACAGGUUUCACUUUGAUGUUCUGGUGUGAAUUCACCUCUUCCUUCCUCUUCUUCCUAAAUGGAAUCAGUGGCCUUCAUAUCAAUAGCAUCACACAUCAGUGGAAUGAACCAAAGAAUUUUUAGAAACUGGGAAGUCUCAGACCCUCAAGUAGAAUGAGCUUCUACUUGAUUCCUAAAAGCAAUGCAGUUGGUAAAGCUGUUGAUUUCUUUUAAGUCAUAUACCAUUUGUUUGUGGCGUUUUUUGUUUUUUGUCUUGUUCUCAUUCAUCCUCAAGUCUUAAGAAAAAUGGUCGAAGGCUCAGAUUUCAGUUAUUUUGCAGAGAAGUGACAUUUAAGUCAAAUACACUGGAGUUAGGGGAACAGUUUAAGGAACGGAUCUUCCAUUGGCCAAAUAAGGAGCUGUCAGUAUUCCAAAGCUUUGUUUCUAGAGUGGAAAAAUGCCCUUUGAAAGGUUGCCUGUUGGCCUUGACCUUUAGGAAUUAUAGUCAGAGAAACCCCAGGUGACAGCUCACUUACAGAGUAAAAAGAGAAAGAGUACACAUAGAUUCAAGAGGUAGGGAGCCCAAAACAACAGAUUCCUUUAUCAAUUGUAUUUUUUUUUAGAUGAAAAAUCUUAAGAUAGCUUUCUCUACCUAUCCUCAACAGCAUUUGAAUAGUGCUAAAUCUUUGCAGACUUUUUAAUAGGAAAUUCACAACUAACUUUUCCUGUGGUAUCAAAGGGGGGUUUAUUAAGUUGUUAAAAAUAACUUAAGCUCAGAUUCUUUUUUUUUUUAACCCUUACCUUCCAUCUUAGAAUCAAUACUGUGUAUUGGUUCCAAGGCAGAAGAGUGGUAAAGGCUAGGUAAUGAGGGUUAAGUGACUUGCCCAGGGUCACACAGCUGGAAAGUGUCUGAGGCCAGAUUUGAACCUAGGACCUCCUAUCUCUAGACCUCUCAAUCCACUGAACUACCCAGCUGCCCCCAGCUCAGAUUAUUUUUGAGAAACUCUUCCUCCCUCAGCCCAGCCCUUCAAGCAUUCAUUUCUGACCUCAGAAAUCUUCCUCCAGAUGUAUUUUCUAUAGUUAGCUGUGUCCCAUGGAAAGAUGACGACACAUACAUCAGGGGAAUUUCUAAGGACUUCUGCUUAAAGAUAUUUGGUUUGGUUUGCUUAAAGAUAUUUGGCACUCUCUCUCUCUCUCUCGUGCUCUCUCUCUCUCUCUCUCUCUCUCUCUCUCAGCUAGGCAAUGGCAAUUAAGCGACUUGCUCAGGAUCACACAGCUAGGAAGUAUCUGAGGCCACAUUUGAACCUAGGACCUCCUGUCUCUAGGCCUGACUCUCAAUCUACUGAGCUACCCAGCUGCCCCCUCUCUCCUUUUGCCUUAUUAUCCCUCUCCCUUUUUUCUUCCCAAUAAUUCAGACCUAAAAUCAAGUUUUGCCCUGAAAUGUCCAGAAACAAAUGGAAGAGUACCUACUUGCCUUAAAUUUUCAAUAUACCUGUCCACUCUCCUCACUCACUCCCAUUUUAAAGAUAAGACUCUGACCUUUCAAAAGAUAAAUACUUCUUGCAGUGAAUUUCUCAAGGUUAAGCAACCAUUUUAUUUGAAAGAAGAAAGAGCUUGGGGGAAUUACAUUCCUUAAGCAUUUCAUAAGAUUUCUUAUCAAUUUUAUUAGAUUUUUUAUUGAGGAAUUUAAAAAUCCUCAUCGUUCAUCUUCCCCAAUAGGAGAAGAGCCCUGAGGUGCCUGUAUGAAGAGUUACUCAUCUGGCAGUCUUCUGAGCUGUGUAACUGAUCUGGAGCUCAAGGUGUCUUUAGAAUCCUGUUCACAAAUUAGGAGCUCAAUAAAAACUUGUUCAUAUAAUCUGGUUUAAUUGGAUCUCAGAAUUUCCUGAUGGGGUCCUUCAAUCACUGUAUAGAGGCCCUGUGAUGGCUCUGACAAUGUGGAUCCCUCUGGGAGAAAGGUGCUUAGGUAUGGGGUUACUACUUUCUAUCUGCUAGCCAAGUGAUUUUCCUUUCUGUUCCAGCCUCAAAAGUGUUGGUUUCAUUGUUGUUUCUGUUCGGUGUUAGCUUUUAGUGACUUCUAACAUUAGGACAUAUUCUUGUCUGCAUCUGUGAGUUGCUGUGUUCAUGCUGUCUUGCUUAAGCAGUCAGAAACAGCUUAAAUGGGAGAGUGAACUAAUUCGAUGUUUUCCAUUCCCAGAACACAGCUUGUUUAAAAGCAAGAAGUCUUAAUUAGUACACAUACCUUGACCUGUUGGACUUUGUCAAUUGCUAGGUGUCAGACCUUGGAUAAUGAUUAAUAUCCAUCAUUGAAUUUCUCUGUUUCUGAGGAGGCGGCUUCCUCUUUAUGUAGGGAAUUGGAGAUUGCCAUCUUUGCCAGAUGGAAUUUAUCUGCAUUCUUUAGCACUGCAUUGUCUCCCUUCUAGGUCCUCCCAGGCCAGCCUGGAGUGGAGGGUUUCCCUUAGUCCAUUAUUUCCAUUCCUAGCUGUUAAAACAUUCUUUUCAUUUCUAUCUAUCACUCUACCCUUCAUGUCUUCCCUGUCCUCCUUUCCAUCUGGACUGUACUGGUUAAUCUCAGCCUCUUCCUCUUUGUUCAGACUUAUUAAACAUAUUUUUUCCCCCGUUACAAGCCCCUACCAGUGACCUGCCUUGACAUGAUUGCCCAAGUUCUACCUGCUGUGUUCUCUGGGUGUUCCAUUCUGGUCACCAACCUUGUUAGGGCUCAUCUGUGAAUAUAUCUCUUAGAGGAAGUGGCCAACUCUGUGCUGGUCUAAGUUCUUUUCCUACCAAGCCAGUAAUUACUUGCUUUUAAUAUUUUUUUAAAAGACCCUUAGGGAAAUGAUGAACUGGCUAGGAAAGGUGUCCAUGUUUUCACCCAUUUUAGAUACUUGAAAAGAAAUAUAUUGCUUCAUUUUAAAGCAUACCAUGCCUUUGACCACAAAAAAUGGGAGUCUUUCUCGGGGAAGACUUCAGGGACCAGGGGAUAGUAAAUGUUUGUCAAUAACCUUAUAGCAUUAUAGGAGAGAGAAAUUGAAAUUGGCCACAACCAGUUAGGCAAAUACUUUCCCCUAAUGUUAAACUCUUGCUAGAUUGGGACCUUGGAGCAAGCAAGGAGGGGUUUACAAGGAUUAGGGACCUAGAAGCAAUUUUUCUGACUGGCCACUAAUGAUUGGGGAUUAGUGAUGUUCUGAAUGACAGCGGAAAUCAUUAGAGUAAAGAUACUGUAGAAAACUAGGGUGGGGAUCUAAUCAGAAAGUUCCCAGGGUAUAUAUAUACCAGAAUUCUAAUUAAGGCAUGAUGACAGGAUUUGGGUGGAGGGGGCAGGGUGCAAUAGGGUGGAGGGAAUGGGAAAGGAAUAACUAAAAAACUGUCCCUGCAUUUCUAGGAAAUCUGUUGUUAUUAAAUCAAAAAGCCCUUUCCCUGUGGUGAAAUCUGUGACUGGCCCCAGAGAAAUUAAAAAAAAGAACAAACAAGUUUAGUUUAACCUUGGCCUUACCCUUGGCACUGAGGCCUGGGAGCUCAUUGCUUAUGUAGAAAGAAACUCCAGGGCUUCAAGGAAACUUUGAAGCCUGCUCUUCUCUGGACACUGUGGAAUGCUCAGCUAAAUCAGCAGAGGGUCUUCUACUCCUCCUUAUCUAGCUUCUCUUCAGCAAGAGUAUAGACAUUGUACUUCAACAUUUUCUAUCUAGAACCUAAAUCACAAAAGACAUAUUUUUUGUACUCACACAUUUUCUCUCUGCAUCCUAAAGGCAAAUGAGUUCACCUUUUGGAGGAUUAAACCUGAAUGGGUUUCUUUGUGGAGUGGUAUGUGUUCUUUAAAUGAAGAGUCAGUCUUCUAGAACUAAGUAAUAUUCAAUAAAGUAAUUCAAUUCCUA